CAAUUUUUAUUUAAAAAAGAAAGUAUUUAAAAAAAAAAAAAACUAUUUCCAAUUUUGUUUAAUUUAUAAGUAUAACCUGGUUUGAUUUGGUUUGGUUCGGUUGAGUUUCAUAAAACAACCGACAUGUAUUAAUGUCAAUAGAGGUUUGACCAAAUAGUACAAAAUAAAUGAAUCAAAUGAGGAGAGCAUAAUAAUAGUAAAGGCGAAGAAGAAGAGUAGCAACUGUCCAAACCCCAAAUGCACUUUAAAUCAUCUCGUGACUAAUAAACCUUCUCCUCUUCCACGAGUCCCCAUCUUCGUCUCUCCUUCAUCUUCACGGCACAUUCUCAAAAAGCUUACCUUCUCUUUUCUCUCUCUGUUACGCUUACUCAAGUCUCUGUACUCUUUUUUUAAGUCUCAGAGCCUCUUCCUCUCUUCUAUCUCAUAGCGUGAGCAACGAUUCGAUUACUUCAAGCAGACUACACCGACGACUCUCUCUCUCUCUCUCUCUCUCUCGCACUUUCCAAUUUGUUUCUAGAGAAGUGGAAUAUACAGUAUCAAAAGGCUUAUUAUCCACAUCUGUUUCCAUUAAUGAGUUUCAUAGGUCUGUGAGCCACUUCCUUUCAGUUCCUAUGGCGGAGAGGAAACUAAACUUCAACGCACCUCUUCUUUCAACGAGGCGGAUGCACAAGACAGCAGUCUCUGUGCGCAGAAACAAGACAAACAACUUCACUGAUGUAUCUUGUGUUCCAGUUCUUGUCCCAGAGAUGGGUUUAGACCAGGUUACUGAAGCUGCCUCUGUUCCUUUCACAUGGGAGCAAGCUCCUGGGAGAUUAAAAGGAAACGAUUUCAGACCUCAAGAAGUCUCUGAUCCGACGCAACAAGUCUUCACGCCAUGUCUUCCACCGGGGAAAGUGACUGAUACCCUCAAGUGUCCUGUGGAGAAAGCCAUUGAUGGAAACAUGUCAAGAUUGCAGAGUUCAAAGGGUAAACAGGUUGAAGAAGAGCCAGAGGAUGAAGAUGAUGUGUUUUCUGAUGCCCGUGAUACACUCUCUCUAAAGGACUCAAUUACUAUGGACCAAAGCGUGAGUGGUUUGAGUGGAUAUGGUGUUGCUGAGACGAAGAAAGCACUAAACCGUUCUGAGGAUCGCCAGUCUCGAGAUUUCAUGAUGAGCCGUUUCUUACCAGCUGCUAAAGCAAUGACUGUGGAGCAGCCUCAUUAUGCUUCGAAUCGGAAACCAUCGAGUUUUAUGUCUGAGCCAACGAUACAGGUAAGAGAUUUAGUACCCGAGGAGAAGCGGCAAGCUUCUAAUAGGUAUGAUGAGUCUAUAGUCUCACCUUACUAUUACCACCAAGACAUGGAUGAUGAAGAAAGCGAGGAGGAGGAUGAUGAUGAAGGUGAUGAAGUUUCUGAGUACGCAAAGAGAGGUUGUGGGAUGUUGCCACAGUUGUGCUUUAAAGAAUCUCUAGGGAUGCUGAACACAGUGCCUGGUUUUAAAGCCAAACACAACUCUCCAAUAACAUCAUCCCUGAGUCAUGAUCAAGAGAAGUCAAGCAAGGUUGCUCAACUCAAAUCUCGGUUCCAAUUUGUUAAAAAGCUGGCUCUUGAUUCAGUUUCUAAGCAAAAGCUGGGUGGUAAAGUUGUUCAUCCAAGCGUUGGGAAGAAGUUCAACUCUGAACCAAACCUGACUUCUGCUGCAAAUAGGUCUUCAUCUCCUUAUCGACACUAUAGAUCUAUCUCACCAUAUCGCAGUGCAGGAAACAGUUCUUCUCCGUUUCACCCUGCGUGUUUCCCUGACACUCGUAAGGAAACAGAGAGCCUGAGAGCUAACAGGUUGAACAAGCAUAUUAGAAACAUAAGCAGGUCUGAGGAACUACUCUGCCCAAAAAGCAACGGUUCGAGCAGCUCUUCUCUCUUGGAGAAGACAGUAUAUGUCGACACGGAGAAUUCUCCCACGACGAACGAUCAGCAAAACUCAAAUGUCGUGAUCACUCCAAGGGAAGCAGACAUGGCAGGAAACAAACCAGAUGCCAAUCUCGACCGCGAAGCUAUUGUGAAGGGAGAUGAGUUAGGAGAGAUCAAUAGUGGUCCUGACCGGUGUCGUCUUGCACCACCGUCGCCAAAAAAGCCUUCUGAAUCUUGGCUUUUGCAUAAUAUGCCUUCAGCAACGUCUGAGAUCACUUCACGUAGAUAUCCGUUCCGCCCACAAAAGCAGGAUCUUGAAGAAAACUCCAAGAAUGUUACCAAGUGGGAAACUAUUGUUAAGACUUCAAACAUGCACAGAGACCAUAUCCGAUAUUCCGAAGAACUGGUUGCUCAUACAUCUCUUCAAUAAGAGAUUGAAGCUUCUCAAGAUGUGACCUCCCCAAAAUCAUCAGGUUUUAUUAACAAAAGCAGAUUAAUCUCUCCUUUUUUUUCUUUGCAUCUGAUGAAAAAUGUCACAAAGAUCACUACAAAACAUUACAUGUAAAUUUAUAAAAAAUCCAGUUUUUAUGAAAGCUCAUGGAGUAUACAAGCACAUAUUAUAGCUUAGGAUGCACAAAACAGUUAAAUAAGGGAAGGCCGAGAAAGAUUUUCCAUUAAGCUCGUCUCUUGUUUUACAUACAUGUAUAUAUAUACAGGUUAUAUGAGAAAUUAACCAAAAACUGGCCCUAUAAUAACCAGCAAAAACGACUAAUUACUCCACAUAUCUCACUCCUCUUUUGCAUCUUUGCCUUCUCUCAUCUUCCUAUCACUCACAUUACAAUAACACAUAUAUACACACACACACACACUGGGAGAUUUCGGAGAUAUCUUAGAUUGACGUAAAUCUUAAAGAUCUUCGUAAUCUCCCAAUAAUGCACUAUCAUCACAGAAAUCCCCAACAUAAAGCAUAGAACAAGAAUAAUGAAUAAAAAUCAGUAGUUAUUAACACAAGAAUGUAAUGAUUCAUGGAUUCUUGUUCUCAGCCUUCCUCGUUUAACUAUUCAGUAUCAGAUGGCAAAUACAAUGCUUCUUCUUCUACUACAACUUCUUCUUCUUCUGCUGCUUUUUCGUGCAUUAGUUUCUCUAGCUCCGGUCUGAGUUCCUUGUUGCAGAACUCUUCAUACUCUUCUCUGUUUCCUCCUUUCUUCUUCACCUCCACCACCACAAGAGAUGGCGUCAGCUCGAAUAUCUCAGCUCCAAUUGUCAAUGGUCCGUUUGCUCCUUCUCUACAGCCUUCUAACCUCAAACUCCAUUCCUUCUUCCUCACCGUGAAACUCACAACCUUCGCAAUCUCCUCCAGUUUCGAUAUGAUCUUUGAAACAGGAGCACCUGACAGAAACCUCGUCCCUUCUCCUCCUUCCUCAAACAAACCAGACAGAUCAAACCCGGAAGAGAAAGAUAUAAUGUCAAACGCGUUUAAGCUCAUGGGUCUCGGCAUUGACCCGACCCGCCUCACAUCGAACUCCGCGUCGCCCUCUGAAACCGUCGAAGACCGACCCGAUGAACACGACUCUUCCUCCUCAUCCGUAUCUUCCCUACAUAACUUAUCGUCUUCGAUGUAGAAUUUCACAUGUUUGAAUCCUUUCUUGAACCAUCUAUUCUUCAUGAUCUCCGGUAUCGUGAUCCGAGUAUCCGGAUUCGUGUCGAGAAGCCGAGUCAGUAGCCGAACAAGAUCCGACGAAAACCAACGAGGACAUCGAAACUCCCCUUUGUAAAUCUUCUUGUACAUGGCCAUAAUGUUCUUGUCGUAAAACGGAAUGUAACCAGCCAUCAACACGAAUAGGAUCACUCCACAAGACCAAACAUCGGCUUUCGCUGCGUCGUACCCUUUCCGAGUCAAAACCUCCGGCGCAAGAUAAGCUGGAGUCCCGCAGAACGUGUGGCAGAGCCCGUCCUGCCGGAGCUGCUCUGCCACCGCGCUGAGACCAAAGUCGGAGACUUUAAGGUUCCCUUUAUCGUCUAAAAGCAGAUUCUCCGGUUUGAGGUCGCGGUGGUAAACGCCGCGUCCGUGGCAGAACGAGACAGAGGAGAUCAGCUGCUGGAAAUAUUUCCGAGCUGUUUCCUCCGGCAAACGCCCUUUAGCCACCGUGUUGAAUAACUCACCGCCUCGAACGUACUCCAUCACGAAGUAAAUCUUCGUCUUGGUCGCCAUAACCUCGAAUAGAUGCACGAUGUAAGGGUGACGGACGCGGCGGAGGAUCGAGAUCUCCCGUUUAAUGUGAGAAACCAAACCGCUCUUCAUAAUCUUCUCCUUGUCGAUGACUUUAAUGGCGACGUUUUCUCCUGAUUUGAUGUUUUGGGCUAAAUAGACCUUAGCAAAGGUUCCGUGGCCGAGAAGCUUCCCUAGCUCGUACUUCCCCAUGAGAAUAGAGUUUCGAGGGCUCCUAGGGCUCAUCGGACUCUGUGGGCUAAUGUUGCCAUCUUUGUCUGUGUCUUUGAUACCGAUCCGGCCAAGAAGAUCCGUCACGUAUUGCAGAGCAUACGGCCUUUGCUGCGGUGGUGGUGGAGGCUGCGGCGGGUCUGGGACGACGGUGGUGAUCACUGUUAGUGGUGGAGCCAAGGCUUGAGCCAUCCGUGACUAAGGAUGUUUUGAUUGGUUUGUGGUUUCCUUUCUUUCUUUUUUUUGUAAUUUGGGGUUUUGGUUGGUUUGUUUCAUCCGCUUGAGUCUCUUUGGUUGGUUGGUUGGCCAAACGUGAAAACGACCAAAAAAGCGAAAUGAAACAGAACGAAAAGAAAAUAGAGUUUGGUUGUUUUGGCCGGUUGUUAAAAUUGUUAAUGUUGGCCUACUUCACCUAAUUUUGUCUUGUUUUUAUAACGGUUUUGGUUUGAAUUAUUUUUUAUAUACGCGCUUGCUAAUUUGAAAUGGUCUAAUCGUAUUUAUUCGAAACAUUUUAUAUUAUCAAUUUGACGUCGGAUUUAUAAUGACACCAUUGUUUUUGCCAGCACAUUUACACGUGUUAUAAUGAAUUACUGUAUUAGAUAUAUCCAAUAAAGAAAGCAUCUAGAAUUUCUGUUAUAUAAAAAUAAAACGGUUGUUGUCUGAAUUAAUAUUAUACAAACUGAGAGAGGUGGGCGUUCCUUUGGUGGUGUCCUGCUGUGAUCGAUCUAACUGCACUCACAAAGUUUAUGCGGAUCUAUAGAUUCUGUCUUACUGAGUUUUGAAGCUUUGGUUACUGGGUAACGAAGAGGUAGGUUCUUAUCAUUUCAGAAGGAAGUAGAUUUAAUCUUGUAUUCCAUUAUGUAUUCCUCUUAGUUUGUAUAAAACGGUUGUUGUCUUGUUGGCAGAAAGAAAUAAUAGGUUAAUGUGAGAUGUCCAUUUCUUGUAAUUCAUUUUGUCUCCAAGUGCAGACAAAUAUUAUCUUUUUGCGCCAUUCAAAUUUUGACUUGUUGUUUUGUACCAAC